GAACCCUGAAAUGCAGCAGUACGUGCCGGUGGCUGCAUGUAUAAUUCAGAAGCCCUAAUACAAAUUUGGUAUCCCCACUCUCUUGAAAUCUUUGCUGGGAUGUCCUGCCUCUUUCUCUCUCUCUCCUUUAUUUCUCCCCUCCCUCCCUCCCUCUCCAUCUCUCACUGUGUUUACAGCCUUGGAGAGGACGGCAUAUCUGACAUUUCUCUCUCAAACUCCAACCAGCUCUCUUCUCAUCUGACAGAAAGGAGAAGAUAAAGUGACUGCCAUCUGACCCGAGCUCAUCUUCAGAUCAACACCUCCCCCCCAUCUCUACAACAACAGGCCCCAGCAGCCUGACCUGAACUCCCUCGCCUCCCAAUCGAGCGGAUCAAACUGUAACCGGCCUCCAUGGAGCGCGUUCAGCACAUGACCAAAUCGGCCAUUCGCCGAGCGUCUCAGAUCGAGGUGAACCCGCAGGCCAAGAGGAACCUGCAGGAGCUGUUCGUCAACUUCACCCUCAUCCUCAUCUGCCUGCUUCUCAUCUACAUCAUCGUCCUGCUGAGCAGCUGAGAGACACGUGCAGAGAGAGAGUUUGGGCAAAGAUGAGGGUUUCACUGAUACAUGCAGAUAUAUUUUUAAAAAAAGAUAUGAAGCAAUAAUAUAAUUGGCAUGUAUCGGCUUAACCCCGUUUACCAACAAGGCGCGGGGAAGGAUCACAGAGGCAUUGGCCAAACUCUCAACUCACAGCAAAGCUCAAGGGUGAUGUGGGAGCUGAUCGGGAAUCAGCUGCGCUGUUUGUGUCUCAAGGGAACGAUCAAAAGUGACCCGACUCCAGCAGUUUGUAACCUUCACCUCUUCCUGCUGCUCAUUCAGAUUCACACUGUGCUCGCUUGCAGAGGACAGCGACUCCCGCCAUGCACGCAUAAGCACGAGUAAGUGCAGCGAUGCUGAAAUAUCAAUACAUCACCAAUGUUUGACUUCUAUUUCCCACAAGCCUGCCCCCCUUUAUUUCCUGUAAACCCCCGCCCAACCCAAACCCCCCAGCAGAAAGAUAAACAGGCUGGAAAUGUUUUUUUUCCAUGAGCGUUUUCACGUCUUUCUUGGUGUGCCGCUGACAGAAACCAGGUAAACACUGAGGUUUCGCUGAGGUUUCCUGAAACUGCUUAUUGGUUAAAAAAAAAGAAGAAGCUUUCAGCAACACAAGUUUAGCAAAAGGUAGCAGGGAGAAAGUCUGAGAUGAGCCUCAAAAUGUAAUGUUGCUGCCCUAGAAAAGCUGCCAUGUGUGAUGUCCGUUGAGUUGUUGCCACUCUUUAUUGGUCCACUGUUACAACAGAUGGGCAUAGACCCAAUCAUGGAGGCUACAGUUCACUUACAUAUGCUGCUAAACCUGCUUUCGCCUAACAAUGUAAACCUACUGGUUUCACUAUCACUGACACUCAGAUUUCUUCACUGAGGACGUCUUCAGAAGAGAAGAAGAUGAAAAAAUUAACAAAUUUGCAAUUCUAUUGAAAUUUCAAACUCUGGCGCCGCCCAGUGGUUAAAUCACAAAAGACAUGGUGGAUCAUUUUAAAUGUAAAAUUUUUUUUACCCUGUUUUUCAUCAAUUCUGGUGAGAAAUUUGACACAUAUCUUAAAUCUACAUGGCAUUAUUUAUAAAAUGAAGCUCUGUUAUCACUGUCUGAACUAAUAAUGCUGAGCCAGUCAGCUCACUCCCAAAGGUGCAGCAUGUCUGCCAUUUUAUUCAGUGUGUUUCUUACUCUUAAUUAACAUAUAUAAACAUACUUGAUAUGAUACUUAGGAACGUUUCUAAGUACUGCAGACCUUUAACGAGCGUGUGUGAAGCACAGCCUGAAAGUGACAGUGAAAGGUUUGCUUUACAGGUACAUGCAGUCUAUACACUAUCAGUUGUGAAAGAAAGCUCACUUUGCAUGGUGUGAUUACAGGUAGUGCCACUUUCUUUACUGCAGCUAGACUCUGUUUGUUUUCGGCGCUGGAAUAAAAUACCUAAUUAUAAAAUCCUGUCAUUGCUUUUGAAACAUACUAUGACUAAAAAUGUUUAAAAAAAUGAGAUGCACAUAGGUGAGUAUGAAUUAGUUGUUUUUUUGUUGUCUUGUAUGUACGUUAGAAAAACUUCCACCUGAUUUUUAAACUGUGGAACACCAAAUAAACUGCAUGUCAAAACAAUUAAAA